ACAGUACAGCAGUCUCUGGGUGUGUUUUGGUUCGAGCAGUUGCUUUCUUAAGCUAAAGUUUUUACUUUUUUUUUUACAGCAGAACAGUAAUUUGGAAGCUCACGAGGUAAAGUAACUUUUUAAACUUGAUAAAAGCAACGCACAUUUCAGUGGAAAAUGAAACUGUCAGAAGUCAAAAAGCUAAAAGUGGCCGAACUACGAGUCAUGCUCAAAGAGCGAGCACUGGACAUCAAAGGACUCAAGGCAGAACUUGUUGGGCGUUUGAUGUCCGCAUUCGAAGCUGAAUUGCAAGCUCCAGAAUCAAGCGAUCUUGGACAAGACAAGGGAGUCCCUGGUCUUGGAGAAGAGCCGAAGCCACAAGAUGACGAGUCACCCAGAGCAUCCACAGUGUUAGCGACCGAGAGAGAAGUCCCUCUACCGGGCGAGGAGGCAAAAGCCACUGUACACGAUGGAAACGUUGCAGGCGCAGUAAGUUCAGAGAUGAUGGUGAGACCUAGAGCUGAUUGUUCUCCUACGGGUGCAGACACGGAGGCACCUGCAAUUUCAGCAGCCAAACUUGAUAACACGUCAACAAGUCAGUUGGAAGACCUGUGUGUAAUCAGCACUUUUACCGUGAGCCCGUGUGCAGAAACCACGGCAGACAAAGAAGGGUUGAUGGAGCAGACCUCGUUAAAUCAACAAGUAGAGCAACAGCAACAUGUCACCCAAGAAGAGAGCGCUCAAGAACAGGGUGAGGAGGAACAUGCACGUGGAGUCUCCAAACGGACUGCCACACAGGAAGCAGAGGGGGAUAAAACGACAUCAAAUCAACAACUAAACACAACAAGCAUGAGCACCAGGCCCAUUCAAAACACAUUUAAUUCAUCACAGAUAUCACUGACAGACAUCAUGUAUCAAGACACGAGUAUGUUGAUUGUUGGGCAGUCUAAAGAAGAUCAUGCAGGAUCAGCUGUGGAGGACAGAGUUGAGGAGGACAGUCUUUCCAUGGUGGCCCAGAGAGGGAGCAGCACUGCUUCCAGCCUCAGCCUGGGAUCUGUUUCUGUGACCAGUGACCAGACCAGCCAGGACACAGUGUUUCACAUGGACAAAGACAAGGAAAAUAGGGCUGGAGGUGGAGGGGAGAAGCGUGGGGUAAAGAGGCCUGCUCAGGGUGAGAUAACCAGAGGCAGGGCCUACUACGAAUUCAAGGAGGAGAUCCAGUACAACAGGGCCAAAUCCCCACCGCCUCAGCCUGAGAGUAAUGGUGUUGAUGCCGAGGAAGACGGAGGGCGGGUCAGACUAGACUCUUAUGGCGGUGACCUGCACUUUGAGGUGGGCCGGGACGGCUGCAGCGGCCAGCCAAGGUUCUGGGAGCGCUUCCCUCUCCUGUGGUCUGGAUGCAGACUGACACACGGAACUCACCAGGGGAGGGUGGGCUUCGAGGCCAUGUUUGAGAAAAAGCUGGUGUCCCCAUCACUGGACUCUGAGGACCCUGAGCACCAUGGUCUGAGACUGGGCUGGUCAGUGGAGCGUUGGAACUCCAACCUGAUGCUCGGGGAUGAGGACUUGUCUUACGGUUACGACGCUAGGGGCAGAAAAGUGACGGCUGGGAAAGAGGAGGAGUUUGGAGAGCCCUUUUCAGAGGGCGAUGUCAUUGGCUGUUAUGCUUCUUUCUCUAAGGAGGAAGGAGUUGAGCUCUCCUUCCAUAAGAACGGUCGCCUUAUGGGAAUGGCGUUCCACCUGAGUCCGGCUGCUCUCUGCGGUUCUGUGUUGUACCCCCACGUCCUCUGCAAAAACACCUCUAUCACCCUCAACUUGGACCCCACCUCUCCCCCCUGGUACCCCAGCCCUGCAGGGUACACCCCCCUCUCCUCCCUGCCUGCUGGACAAAGGCUCAGUGCCCCAACCCCACCAACCUCCAAACUGCAGUGUGAGGUGUUGAUGAUGGUGGGUCUGCCAGGGGCAGGUAAGACCCACUGGGCCAGGGCUCACAUGAAGCAAUACCCAGAGAAGAGAUACACCCUGCUGGGCACCGCAGGCCUCCUACCCUGCAUGAAGGGGCAGGGUCGUAGAGAGAGCAGGCUGCAGCAGGCCUCUCAGUGUCUCAGUGAGCUGAUCAAGGUAGCGGCUCAGACUCCACGCAACUACAUCCUGGACCAGCCCAACGUCCACCCCUCAGCUCAGCGCCAGAGGCUGCUGUGGUUCGCGGGUUUCAGGCGGAGGGCGGUGGUGGUGUUCCCAUCUAAAGAGGAGUGGAAGAGGCGUCUGCAGGAGCAACAGGAGGAGGAGGGGGACAAGAUCCCUGAAACGGAUCUCCACAAGGUCAAAGUGAGCUGCACUCUGCCAGAGCAGGGAGACCUGCUGGAGAAGGUGCUGUUUGUGGAGCUAGCCAGAGAGGAAGCACAGGCUCUCUUGGAGGGGUACAAAAAAGAGGCGAAAAGCCUGCUCCCCCCUGUCCCCUCCGCCCCCAAACAACGGAAGAAACCGCGCGUCCGAUACAAUAACCCCCAUAACCUUGGACUUCAGUCUUAUCACCUUAACAAGACCAGAUUUGGAAGGAUGGCCACGCAAGACUAUAACCCCCCUAAACCCCUCAUCAAGGGCCGGAUGGACCGGGGGUACAAUCCAGUGGCGGCUGGUGACUUGAGAGGUUGGGACCGCACAUGGUUCAACCAGGAGCAGCCAUACCCGUAUGGUCAUCAGCAGUACUGGACACCACAGCAGCUCAGAUAUUGGAAUCAGAGUUACCAAGACCAGGACUAUUACGGCAACAAGAAUCAGGUUUACCAAGACCAGGACUAUUACGGCAACAAGAAUCAGGUUUACCAAGACCAGGGCUACUAUGGUAACAGGAACUACGCUUACAAUAGUUACCGUUACCAGGGUUACUGUUAAACAUCUAAAGAGAUUAGCAAAAUCAGCAGGUGGUUUUAUAAAGAUUUAUUAUACAGGUUAUAUUUCUUACAUUAUCUUACAGCAUUUUUAUGCAAAGUUGGGAAAUAUUGUUCCUCCACCAGGUGCCUAAGUGUCAAACAUCAAGCAAUGUUUGUAUGGAGUUAUCUUUUUCUGUAAUACUGCUUGAACUUUAUAUUCAGGGAAUGUUUCCUUACACAUUUUCAUAGCAGGGGGCUUAAACGUUCUACAACAGUCUCUUAAAGCAACAACAUUAAAUCGCUGCUUUUUCGUUGAAGAAAAUGUCUAUUGUAUUAAUUUCAUCAUCUGGAAAUUUUAUCCGGUGCAGUAGCUGGAGUUUGUGUCCAAUUGCUUUUGUCUUCUUGGUCAGGCAGCACUAAUUGAUAGAGCAGCACUGCACCCUUGGCUGAAGGACACAACUCCGACCACAGGGGGGUGCUCUGGUCUAGCCGUAGCACCUCCUUCAAAUCACAAGACACACGUUCAGAGAUUCAUUACACAAGGUGUUAUUAACGUGUAAUAAACUGUUUACAAACUA